AUGUCCACCUCCAAAACCUCUCAUAAACCCGUCAAUGGCUUCAAACCAAGGCCGGUUCAAACCGGCUUUUCUCUAACCAAAAUACCACCACCACCACGUGAGAGAAGAGGCCGGCGGAAGCAGGCAGAGACGGGGCGGUUCCUUGGCGUCAGGCGGAGGCCUUGGGGCCGUUACGCCGCUGAAAUCAGAGACCCUUCAACUAAAGAGAGGCAUUGGCUUGGGACAUUUGACACUGCUCAUGAAGCAGCCCUUGCUUAUGAUAGGGCUGCCCUUUCCAUUAAGGGCAUCCAAGCAAAAACCAACUUUGUGUACUCACAAAACAACAACAACAACAUAGCCUUUCACUCUCUUCUUAGUCCUCUUGAUGUCCAAAUCCAAACCCUAAUGCAGUUUCAACCACCACCACCACAAUUCACCACCACCACCACCACCACUCAAACUAAACAGCCCAUUAAUCAAAACAACUUGCUUUUCUCUACUGAUACCAACUCAGGCUAUUUGGAUUGCAUAGUUCCAGAUAGUUGCUUGAAGCCACCAAACACCACUACCAACAAAGACUUGAUGAAUGGAAGCACUUCAGAUUAUGAAGAAUUUUCCUGGAAAAUGGGUUUUCCUGGCAUCCAAACACCAUGUGAUGAUGACACUGCUCUUCCUGUUGAUGUUCCAAGUGUGGAAGACAACCUUGCAGAUCUCCAUCAUCAACUUCCUCAUUUUGAUGGGCUGAGCUGUGGGUUGUGGGGAGUUGGUGAGAAGCCAUGGGAGGUGGAUUAUUCCUUCGAACUCGCGGCGGUGAUUGGCAGCCCAUUGGUGGUGGAAGAUGGGUGGUUGGAGAGCUUGUAUCCAAUCAAUGACAAUCAAAGUUAUGGGUUAAUGUAUUCAGGGAAUUCCUCAUCUUCAAUUCCUUCAUUUGGUGAUCUAGUUGAUCACUUGGGAUACUCUGCCUUCUAA